CGCUCGCUUGACAGUUCAGUUCAGUAUUUCUACCUACCUACCUAAAAAUACAAUCACCUUCGCUAUGGCUUCCCGCAAACCAGACUUCCACCUCUUGAUGCCCGCCGCCAGCCAGCCGGAUCUCCAGUUCCAGGCACGCAGCCCCAUCCGCAGCCCUCGUUUCCACGAGGACUUUGACGCCCCCUUCUCCGAGUCUUUCCUGGACCCUCCGCCUCCCAAGACGUCCUACUUUGUGGAGAGCAAAGACAAGGUUCCACCGCCGCCUCCGCGAAGCUACGACGACAGCUGGGUGCAAUUGCCCAAGCGCCGGGCGAGCGUCAACGACAAGGUGCUGCAAUGGGCCAAGCGAUCGUUGACCAUCAAACGGCAGCGCCCCUCGCGCCCUGGCGAAGGCUUUUCUGAUUUACGACCACCCCCGAGUAGGGCUUCCAGGAGGAUGAGCACCUUGCCAAUGGAGACGGGAUACGUCAAACGCAACAAUCACACUCAGCCUUCAACCAUCAUCACUGUGGCCGAAAUUCCCAAGCCGGCUUGAAACAGGACCAAAACGGAAACAUUGGACGGCGACAAGGAGCGAGGAACAAAGAGGAAAAAGGGGAGGGAAAACACUCGAUAAUAAAUUGAUAUGGCUCAAGGGAAAAAAAAAAACAGCAACCUGCAGCUUCAGUCUUUACUAACAUUACCAUUGAUAGUACAUGCGAGGCAAGGCAGUGGCACUGGAUAAGGGGGGGGGGCUGGAUAAAACUGCAAUUUGUAUGAUAAUGAUUUAUGAACUCAAAGAAAGGUGUCAAAAUACACCGCCGCCAAUGAUGAACAAUCGGUUCUCUUCUCUCUUGAUCCAUUGCAUAAUCUUAUUGGCGCCCUGCGCCAUUGCUGCUCGUGACAAAUUAGGCCCACCAAUGCAGUAGAGUUCAAAAGCAGGUGUAAGCCAAGCCAAAGACGUAG